UAGAUUUGUCGAUUUUUAGCUCAGUCGAAUUUAACAAGUUAUACGCGUAAGAUUAGUGGUUGUUACGUAGCUAUGGAAAUAAAUUAACAAUUUUUUUUUAAAUUAAAUUACUCAUCAUUAACGGCACCGAGUUAUUACAAUUCUAUUUACCAAAAAAAAGGAGAAGAAGAAGAUGUCAUACCAAAAUACCAAAAAAUUUUAUCAAAAGCUAAAACACACUCACAACGAUCAUCAGACCAUAUCAAUUUGGUGGUGUCCACUAUAUGUUCUGUUAUGGAUAAUCCUGUUUCUCGUUGUGUUGUUUACGUACAACAUUUUACCGACACCAAUUUUAGAGGAAGAACAGAUUCUAUAUCCUCUAUCGUUUAUCGGCGAACGGGCUAUGAAAGAUAACAUUGAACUUACAAACCUCGGAGUAAAAGUUGUGGGCAGUGACAUCAAUGAAGUGAUUGCAAUUGAUUUCUUUCGCAAUAAGAUACAAACAAUUAUCAACCAGAAGAGUUCGUUGCACGACAUUGAAUUCGAUGUUCAAAUGAGUUCUGGCAGUUUUCAAUUGGAUAGCAUGACAUCAGUGUACAGAAAUAUUCAAAAUUUUGUGGUCAAAUUGAGUCCAGCAAAUGCAGGCGCGACGAGCAGCUUACUGUUGAACACGCAUUUCGAUUCUGUUCCGAUUAGUCUUGGUGGAGGUGAUUCAUGCUCUAUGGCUGCUGUAAUGCUAGAGGUCCUUCGCGUAAUGUCUCAGUAUCCAACGCAAUUCGAAAAUUCGGUAAUAUUUCUGUUUAACGGUGCCGAAGAAAAUGGUUUACAGGCGUCCCAUAUGUUCAUUACGCAACAUAAAUGGGCUAGAGACGUACAGGCAUACUUCAAUAUGGAUUCGGGAGGUAGCGGUGGCAAGGAAAUUAUGUUUCAAUCCAUGGGUAUUCCAUGGAUGAUGAACAUAUACAAUACGCUUGCACCGCAUCCGCUGUCAACGGCUCUGGCGGAAGAGUUGUUUCAGAACCGAAUAAUUCCUUCGGACACGGAUUUCAGAAUAUUUCGAGACUUUGGAAAACUGCCUGGAAUGGACUUUGCAUUUUACGAAAACGGUUACGUGUACCAUACGUACAACGACGUUGCCGAAAUUAUCCCAAUGGGAUCGUAUCAGAACGCUGGCGAUAAUAUCCUAGCAAUUACUGUAGCAGCGGCUAACCAUCCGGAAUUGCCCGGUAGUAGUGUGCUUCCGUCAGAGCCGGCCGUUUUCUUCGACAUUUUCGGAUGGUUUGUGAUCAGUUAUACGAAGACUGUCGGCAUAAUUGUCAAUGUGGUUGUGGCAGUGAUAGCUUUGGUUUUAGUAGUGGCUUCCGUAAUCAGAUUAAAAUUUCACUUAGAUUUGGAUUGGCUAACAAUCGUCUGGGAGUUUGCCGUGGUGAUAGUAUUACAGUUUCUAUCGUUAUGCUUGGCUGUUGCAAUAGUCGCACUGUUGGCAUUGAUAUUUGAUGCGGCGUCUCGUUCGAUGAGUUGGUUCUCGAACCAAUGGCUCGUGAUUGGGCUCUACUAUUUUCCACUAUUUUUCGCGCUGGGAAUAGUUCCAGCCACAUAUUUGUCCAUUCGUGACAGGAAUUCGAUAAAACUCAGUUAUUACGUGCAGAUGUUCUUGCAUGCACAGUGCAUUUGCUAUGUUAUUGCAAUUUUGGUUAUGACGGGAAUGGGCUUUCGAUCCGGUUUUUUGCUAUUAAUUGCUCUGGUUUUCUAUGCUCUAACAACUUUCAUAAAUUUGAUCAGUGGAUUGAUGUUGAGAGAUGGUAUGUGGAUUAUCGUCCAUUCCAUUGGUCAGAUCUUUCCAUUUGCAUUUUUCCUGUACAACGCUCUGAUAAUGUUGACACUACUGAUACCCGUGCAAGGACGAGCUGGCCCAGCAACGAAUCCUGAUCUAGUCGUUGGUGUUGUUGUAAUCCUCUCUGGAAUUUUAUUGGGAUCCCUAAUUGUACCCGUUUUGUGCAUAUUUCGACGACCUGUUUUGGCCAUGUGUGGCUUCUUGGUUGUUUUCCUUGUGUUCGUAAUACUGAUGGCGACUCCCAUUGGUUUUCCUUACCGAUAUAAUGGAACCCAGCAACGAUUCUGGAUCUAUCACACCGAGAGAAACUUCUACAGCUAUGAUCAAACGUUACGCAAAGCUGACACUGGAUUCUUCAUGUUGCCAAUGGACAGACACUCAAAUGACUUAAUUUCUGCAGAAACGGUUCCACAUAUGGUUCGACAAUUAAGCUUUUCAGCAUCGUGUCAAUCGGAAAUAUUUUGUGGGAGUCCGUUGUACACUUCACGCCAGAUUGGACAAUCACAACACAGCAACUGGGUGCCAUCCGAAACAGGUCCCAUAUUUUCGAUGAAAACUACUUUGCAAUUGGCAAAUGAAGAGAUUUUGGUGAACAAUGUCAAGAGGCUAACAUUUAACGUGACAGGACCGUCGCACCGAAACAUUUUCAUUUAUCCGCUUGACGACAAUCAAUUGAUUAACUGGAAUCUCAUGGAAGAAGUGCCACAACUAACAGAAGACUUUCAACAGAGACAAGCCUAUUUCGUAUUUACCGGCCAUGGAAAGAUCAAUGAACCGUUGAGCUUUUUUAUUGACAUUCAGAAAACGCCAGAUACAAUCAAUAUGGCCAGCAUUGAGAUUACUGUCGUUGGACAUUACAAUCAUGGCAAUGUAAAAACGGAUGAAUUUGAUGAAUUUUUGAGUACUUUCCCAGACUGGACACAUAUAACACCGUGGGCAUGUUCAUACGAUAGUUACAUAUACUAAAAAUGACUUCAAAGUAAAUCAUUUGGUUCAAAAAUGUUCUGA